AUGGCGGGCACCCUGCCUCCGCUUUUUGCUAUAUCUGAUGAGGAUCAUGGCGGAUAUGUGGCUGUCGCAGUUUAUACUCUCUUGGUAUUGAGUAUCUUUGUGGUGGUCACUCGAUUGACCUCUAGAUGGUAUAUCGGUCGCGUGAUCCAUUCAGAUGAUAUUUUGCUAGGAGCAUCCGCACUAUGCGGUCUAUUGCAGAGUGUUUUUGUUCAACUUGCGAUUUCAGAUGGACUCGGCAAGAAACGGUCCACAAUCACGAAUCAUGCAUUUAUUCAGUUUCUCAAGCAUGAAUACGCCGCACAGAUCCUCCUCAUCAUAACGAUAACGCUUAGCAAACUCUCGUCCGGGCUGCUCUUCCAGAGUACAAUGACAUCGCGCGGGUAUACAUGGGCAAAUGGAGCUUUGAUGGUUAUUAUUGUUGCAUGGGCUCUUGGCACUAUCCUCGCUCUAGGCCUGCGAUGUUCUAUGCCAACUCCAUGGAAAUGGAGUUCGUCUGGCCAAUGUAUCAACCAGGAAGCACUGUAUCAGUCAAUUGCAGCCUUGAACAUCAGUACAGAUGUCGCACUUGUAGUGCUUCCGUGCAUUUUGCUCCGCAAUGUGCAGCUGUCUCGAUGGAAACGAUUCCGAAUCAUGGCACUUAUCGCUAGCAAGCUAAUGGUCUGCGCUGCUACCGGAGUUGAGAUUCAUCACAUUCUUCUUAUGCUCCAGUCAUCCGAUGUUACAUGGGCCAGUACCAACUCUACUGUAUGGGACCAAGCGAUGAUGAACCUCAGCAUUAUCACAACUGCUCUUCCAUCCCUGGGUCGUCUGGUUGUGGAACUUCAACCAAAUGUCUACGCGUUCAAAAUCCACGAUGACCGUACAGAAGGACCUUCCAAAACGAAUACUUACAUUUCAUCCAAGAGGAAAUCGCAUCCGGGGGAUCCGCCUCUAAGCCCAGGAACAUCAGUACUGGUAACCAGUGGAUGGCGGGAAUCAUACAGAGAUGAUACUGAAAGCGUGGAGGGUCUAGUCAACCAACCAAAUGUGAUCCAACAAACGAUCCACUUCGAGGUUCACUAA